GAAGAAGACUUGGAGAGGAGAUCAUGAUUCACACUAACUGCAUGAAGAAUUUCCUUGUGUUGAAUGAUAAAAUGAAUGAUAAACCCAAUAAAUGGAUUUUCAUCCCAAUUUUAGCCGUUCUUUUUGUUAUGAUUGGGUACCAGUAUAUUUGUCCGGCAGGCGGCCAGGCUUGCCAUUUCAGGACAGGAGACAAACUCGUUAGGAUCGGUCCCCCAGCCACUCCUGACUCGAUCACCGAUGAGCAGGACCCGGAGGAAGACAGCCCACCUAAAUGUGCAUCUAAAUUCAACUUAACAGAGCGCGAUCUGACACGCGAUGUCGAUUUCAACAUCAAGGGAGAUGAUGUGAUUGUGUUUCUGCACAUUCAGAAGACAGGCGGGACCACCUUUGGCAGGCACCUGGUCAGGAAUAUUCGCUUGGAGCAGCCGUGCGACUGCAAAGCGGGACAGAAGAAAUGCACGUGCCACCGGCCGGGAAAGCAGGAGUCCUGGCUCUUCUCUAGGUUCUCCACGGGUUGGAGUUGCGGUUUGCACGCAGACUGGACUGAACUGACCAGCUGCGUGCCUGUGAUUAUGGACAAAAAGCAGUCUCCAAAGCGCAAGAGGAACUUCUACUACAUCACAAUGCUGCGAGACCCUGUGUCACGUUACCUGAGUGAAUGGAAGCAUGUGCAGCGUGGCGCCACCUGGAAGACUUCCCUUCACAUGUGUGACGGCCGCUCGCCUACACAGGAUGAGCUGCCCACCUGUUAUAACGGAGACGACUGGUCAGGGGUCACACUGCACGAGUUCAUGGACUGCCCUUCAAACCUGGCCAACAACCGGCAGGUGCGCAUGCUGGCCGAUCUCAGCCUGGUGGGCUGCUACAACCUCUCCACCAUGAACGAGAGCGAACGCAACCCCAUUCUCCUGGCCAGUGCCAAGAGUAACCUGAAGAACAUGGCCUUCUACGGCCUGACAGAGUUCCAGCGCAAGACACAGUACCUGUUCGAGCGCACUUUCCGUCUGCAGUUCAUUUCCGCCUUCACGCAGAUCAACAGCACGCGUGCCGCCAAUGUGGAUCUGCGUGACGACAUGCGCAGACGCAUUGAGCAACUGAAUUUCCUGGAUAUGCAGUUGUACGAGUUCGCCAAGGAACUUUUCCUGCACAGAUACCAGUUUAUCCGUCAGCGUGAGCGGCAGGAGGAGAGAUUGAAGAGGCGGGAAGAGAGACGCUGGCUCAGGGAGCACAGAGUCAACCAGAGCAGACAGUCCAGUGUGGGAAACCAAUCUCAGGUCACCACAACUGAGGACUAUGCCAGCCAAGUGGUCCAUUGGUGAUUCCUCUUGGAAACAUGCACUAGGAUACAGAGAACAUAAUGGCUCACUAGAGGAAGAUGUGGUUUAUUCAGGAUUUCUGCUGAUUCCUUUGCAAUGAAAUUGAGACAGCGAUGUAGAUAUACAGUAGACUGCAAACCAAUUCCUGAAAAAGGAUGAUCUGUGUUCAAUCGCCAUGCAACCUCCAACAUCUUUGUGAAGGAACAACAAACCCUACACCACAGAGUUAUAUAAAGGUACAGCACUGGCAGUGUUACGGGUGUACACUCAAUAUGUGUUCUUGCAUUCAAAAACAGACAGUGAACGGAAUAAAAUGCUGACAUGUUUUUAAUGCUCAGGCCUGU